CUUGGUAAUAAUAAUUUAAGCAAAAGAAUGCAUUAGAACAACCACAAGUCAAAUGUAACAACUGUCAGAGGUCCAAAGAAGAGCUUCUAGAUGGCAACAUAAUACUCCUUUGAGAUUAGUCAGUGAAAAGGCUUUAGUGAACAUGCUUUUUUGAGACUAAAAUGAGACUUCAAAUGCAAUUUUCCUCUAAAAACAACUUUGUUAAAAUUUUGAUAAUAACUUAAUGGGCACACUAACAUCUACUGUUUCCAAAAAUAACAAUAAUAUUAAGAAUGCCUUAUAGGUGUGGUUUCAUAGUCACUAUUUCAAUUACAAAAUGCUAGCUACAUGGUUCAUUUUCCCAAGGUGUUCAGGACAUUCUGAAAAUAAUAGUAACUAACCUUUACUGAACACUUACUACUUGCUAAGAGCCAUGCUAAAUGAUUUUCUCAUUUAAUUCCUCCCCAAAUUCCUAUUUAGGAGGUAUAAUAAAUAUAAGAAAAAUGAGAAAAAGAAAAACCCUUUUGAACAUAGGAAAACUGAGAGCAGUAAGUGGCAGAGUAUAGAUUAGAUUCAAAUCCAGUUGUAAACCCUGUGAUAAUGCUUUGUAUGAGAAUCAUUAACUAGCCUUUAACACAGAUUAUUCCAACUGAAACUGGCUAUUUUGCCAGAGUACAGAAAUUCAUAAAUGCACAUUUAAUGUUUUCUUGGUUAACUUUAGUAAAAUACAAUUAAGUCUAUCCUACACUACUAUAUAAACGACUAACUGGGACAAGACUAUGAAAAACAGACAACAAUACAUUAAGAAUAAGCACCAUACAAAUGGUCAAUCAUGAACCACAUACAGUUUUGUUUACCAUGGCAUCUCCAGCACUUAAUUCCAUGCCAGGCAUAGUAAACACUCAAUAAAUGUUAGUUGAAUGCAUAAUAUUAUUUUCCAUAAUAAGGAUAUUUCCAUGAAUCCCUUUAUGGCCCCAGAAACUAAUGUACUGAUCAAUCUAUAAUUUUAAAAAAUAAGUCUGCAUAGAGAACAUUUACCCAGCCUGCUGUUGUUAUAAUAGCCACUCACACAAUUUAAAAUCUUGAUUCUGUUAUACUUAGACUACAAUUCUAAAUAAUACACCAUAAAUAAGAACAUUCUAUCUCUAAACAUCCAAUUGAGGAUUCUUUUGCUAUGUAAAUUUCACAGACGGCUUUUUCAAUGUAGGUGGUGCACCUAUCAAAACCAACAGAGGCCUCUCCCAACUAGCAGAGCUGAAAACCUUACUUUUUUUCCCUCAGAAUUUCUCCUAAAUCAAACCACGACAUGAAAUAAUCACUUCCAAAGGGCAAGAUUUAUAUAAAACACAAGUAUUGAACAAAAAGAAGAGAAAAAUAUCAUUUAUGAGAUUUUAUGCGCACUUCCUGGAUCAAAUACCAAGCUGGUAAGCCUGGACUGUUUGUUUCCUAGGUUACCACCUCUCUCGACAUUACCUUCUAGCCUUAGCACUGAAACAUUCACUGAAGGAUAUGAAAUUUUACAGUUAAACACUAAGGAAUCAUCAAUUUGUUAGUAACUCCUAUGCAGGAAUUUAGCUUAAAGACAAAAAAAUAAGGCAAGAAAAAGGGUGACAGCUGAUAUCCCAGACAGCUCUAUUCAAGUUUAUGAAUGAUUUACUCUUAAGGGUGGCAGGACUUAAUGCAAAUGAACGUAGAGGAAACUGUCAGCUGCACUGUGGUUCAACCAAUAGAAGCAGCGCUCCAUCUUGGCUGUGCACUAGACUGCACUACAAACAGACGAGACCAUCGCUUCAACAGCAGCCUUUCAGACAAGAGGUCACCUGUCCCCAAAGUUUAAAGAAGUGGAAACAGGAGACAGAAAUACACUGAACCAACAAGGUGAGGAGGCCCCACAAAGAUUCAAAAGAGCAAUACAGAAAGUGGAAUCUCUAAGAAUGGCCUCCCUGAGCUCCAGCCUCUGGAAUGAAACCACUACCUCUGUUUAUCAGUACCUUGGCUUUAAAGUUCAAAAAAUUUACCCUUUCCAUGAUAACUGGAACACUGCCUGCUUUGUCAUUCUGCUUUUAUUUAUAUUUACAGUGGUAUCUUUAGCGGUGUUGGCUUUCCUUUAUGAAGUGUUUGACUGCUGCUGCUGUGUAAAAAACAAAACUGUGAAGGACUUGAAAAGUGAACCAAACCCUCUUAGGAGUAUGAUGGACAACAUCAGAAAACGUGAAAUUGAAGUGGUCUAGCUAGCACUCUACAAAAGGUGAACAAAAUCUUUGAAAAUGGCCUUCAACUACUGAGAAAAAAAGAAAACUUUCUGAGGCCAACUGUUAUUACAACAUUGACUCUGACCUUGAUUGAUUAAAAGAUUUCUACUAGAAGGGAAAAACAAGUUAAAUAUGCAUUUUUUGUCUGUGAAUCCCUCUCAUUAAAUAUACAGUAAAACUUCACAAAUGUGAGUAAUUUACCAAUCUAUUUAAAAUGACACUUCAAAAACUGGAUAAAAGACUCCUAAAAUUCAGUAUUAGGCAGCAAAAGAUAAAGUGGAAAACACAAACAAGGCUAAUGAUGCCAAAAUAACUUAUACCUAAACAAGUUACGUGGACUAAAAAACAGUACUAUGCUCCACGUGUUACGGUAAUAAAAAUGCUAUUUAAAAUGCUUACCUGAAUCCAAAGUAAAAUACUUCCACUUAUACAUAAAAUCCCUACUUAUUAAGAAGAAAUAUUUUCUAGUUUAUUGAAGACAACAUAUAUUUUUAAAGACUUGAGUUUUCUGUAGGAUUAGCAUUUAAAAAAAGUCUCAAAAUACUCAAAAACGUCACAAGUAUAUGUGCAUAAAAUUUUCAUAAAAUUGACUUACUGUUUGGUAAGAAAUAUACAGUCAAAGAAGUGCCAGGCUAUUCUCAAACUAAAACUUACUAGUACGCCCCCUAAACUGCAUUUCUUGAGCUUAUUCUCUCAUUUUGCUUCUCACAUUCACACUCUCAAGUGCUAAGAUACCUAAUGCAGAAAAGACUGCAAAAAAAAAAAA